AUAGUGGUAGCGUGGACGAGAUGAACCACGGACGGUUGCUGUUGCUAUUUCUCAUUCAAGCCUUAUCAUGGAGAACUGGCACCGCAGAGAAGAACAUGGACUUGGGAGACGCAACAUCCUGGGCAACUUAUGCGUGGGCUGAACCCUGGAAAGGGGUUUUGGGUACGUACACGAUCCAACCACGAAACGACGAGGUUCAGACUCGAGACAUCAAGGGUGAAGAAGCUCCCACUCAAGAAAUUCCUAAGAAGCAGCCGCAGAAACGGCAUUACGUCCAUUACAUUCCACUGACUAACCCUGAAGGACUAGAACGCCCGCGCAAGCAACAUUUUGGUGGUGAAGAAGGACCCAUUUACGAUACGUGGGAGCAAGCGCCACUGCUAGCCAAGGAGGGCCUCACCUCGGAAGAAGCUCUUUGGGUUCCAGUCGGACAACCUUUGCAGGUCAUUAAGCAGGGCUAUUCGUGGGGGUCUCAAGCUUUCGACCAAAGCUUUCAAAAGCAGCCUCGUCUGGCUGUGGAAACUCACUUGGCAUAUGAACACCCUUUCCCACCAUCCUCUUAUUUACCCACCACUCGUCUUCCUCGUUCACAGCCCCUUCCUCCAACUACUGUCUCUACUCCAGCCCCAGAACCCUCGCUGAUUGCUACCCUUUUGCCAUCGACAACUCCCUAUUCCAAAGACACUUAUGAGCCUGAGCACAAAAUAGCAAAGCCUCAUCCCACCGUAGGAUACCAUCCACAUCUUCCCCCACUCUACCAUUCGGCUCCUCACUAUCCCAUUCCACCACGGAAAUACUACCUCACGGACGAAAGCCCAUUGAAAUACAAGCAUGGAUAUGCCUUAAGAAAAUAUAUCCUGAAUACAGAACCAACAGUUACACAUUCCGAUCCAGGAGAUGUAGUGGUAAAGGCUGCCGAUGUUACAGCAAAUGAAAUUGAAACGCCAAGUGAUAUGACUGAUGACACCACCUCUACCACUUUAUCAGCCUCAGAAGAAAAUUCGAAUUCAGGUUUCAAACAUGAAGAUGUUCCAAAAAGCCCCCCAGCCCACAAGUACAGACCGCAUGUCACUUAUUCUCCACCUUACAGUCACAGUCUCCAUCUACAUCCUUACCCACCAGUUCACUCAAAUUACAAUCCUCCACCAUACGGUCAUUACCUCCACCAAAGGCCUCCCUAUCCUACAAAUGAUGUCUAUUAUCCUACACCAGGAACAAUUCGAAAAUAUUUGCUAAACACAUCACCCAGCAGUUCCCCUGAAGAUUCCCAGCCUGACACUGGCGAUGAUCAAGGCAAACCAGACCUUUCAACAUUUGAUAUCUACGAAAUGCUACGAAUGCCUAGAAGUACCGGUACGUCGUGGCAAAGUGUGCAAUAUGGACCCAGUUCAACUGUUACUCGAUGAUUAUUCAUCCAAGCUAAAAUCCAUACAUAGUUUUUUUUCUUUUUUUUCACGGCUUUUAAGACGGACGCUUAUUUUGAAGCCAGGACAUUGCUAUUUUUACGCUAGAUUACUGAUGUUAAUUUCUAAAAUUACCAUCAUCUUAACUUCUUUAAGAAGUCUUUGAGUGAUAUUUUCCCCACUGCUCCUGGCUACUGUUCCGUAAUCUAACUGACAUUCACAUGUUUCUGUUCGUCAUUUGCCAUAGCUCUAGUCUGAAUAAACGAAUUCUCUGCGUUUGUCAAUGAAUCGUUUUAUGGUUUACAGCAUUUUGUUGUUAUGUAAGUUUGAAGGCCCCAUACACUGAACAAUUGUCGUUAUCGACAAACGCACACACUAUCCAGACAGUAUGAACGAUCUCCGCACUGAUUUCAGUCUGAACAAAGAUUUUGUCUCGAGAAGACAUGGCGUCAUCUCUAGAACAGAUGUACGCGAUAGCUUUAUAUCGGCAGACAAACCUGUUCGUGACAGAUUCCCGCUGAGAUCGUUCAGACACGAAGCUCCGCCCACUUUUGCAUUCAGACAAGCCCAUACACAAUGCUUUUGCGAACGAUACAGACAAUCGUUCAGUGAAUGGGACCCUUUAGAGUCUGGUUAUAUCUCCAUUUGUUGUUAUUUCCAAAGUGUUGUAUGUUUAAGUUAAUAGAAAUCAAUAUUUACUCUGAAAUUACAUAAUUCUUAAACUACUUGGUCAUGAAUUGUGAAACUGAAAAUAAAACGUCUCACAAGUAUCAAAACCAGUCUACGUCAUGAACACGGUUGCCAAAAGAACUCACUAAAAUUUCUCGAUUUACUCAUUUGUGGAUUGGUCAAAGUUUUCUAAUGUUAUAAAAUUUGAAAAGAAAACAUAGAAAUUGUAUAGAAAAAUUAAACUUUUUUUUCUAGUCUGUAUCCAUUGUUGAACUGGUUGUGUAAGUGUGAUGCUUCUGAGAACCACUCAUGCAAAUGCCUUCCGUUUUUGCUGAUAUCGACACAUUUUCAUGAUUAUAUGUAAAAAUUUCCUUGAUGUGACUGUCCUUUAUAGUCUGAGGGUAUAGUGUUCAUAACAUCAUUUUCAAUAAUGAUUUUGACUAUUUACAGUUUUUUUAGGUGUGAAUCUUUUGUUAACUAUUAUUCUA